AUGUUCAAGACAAGGUAUCUGCGAGAGGUGCGCAAAAAGCGCUCUGAUGUCUUCGAGGAUCCUAGCAACAAGGAUCAAGAGACGUCUUCCGCCGGAUCUAAGACCGACUGUGUAAACCUACAGUAACUGAAUAGUCGCGUUGCAUGUUACAUUAACAGGACCUGCGUGCUGGGGCAGCGGAACGCCGUGUUCCGCGAGCAGCUUGAGACGCUGCAGCGCAUGGAGCAAGCAGCCGGGCUCGAGGAGGCCUUCAACGAACAUAUCAGCGUCAAAAGACAGCGCAUGCAGACAUUCUCAAUAAUACUUGAGGAAAUGAAUGGCAGGACUAAGAGCAAACUUCAUGGACUUCUGGAGCAACUCAAUAAAGAGGCAGAUUCAAUGCUUCUGAGGAACCUGGAGCAUCAGAUCGAGUCCCAGUUCCUGCAGGAUGACAUCAACUCCACAAUAGACAUACAUAAAAAGACCUACUUUAACAUCCUUCACCAGAUCAACUAUAAGUCUGUUCUGAUGCCAAUUUUGUCAAUGGGGGUUUCAGAAAUAGGGUGCUGAGGUGGUGAACAGGAGAGGCUCAUAGCUCAGAGGCAAGUUCCUGCUCUGCAGGGCCAGCUAGACGAGUACAAGAACGCUCUCUGCCAGUUGCAGGCGCAAAAGCAGAGGCUGUGAACGGAGGUAUCAGUGCUGGAGCAAACUAUCAACACGCAGGAGAAUUACGAAGAUGAAAUCCAGCUCAACAAUGUGUAGGUCCAGGCCCUCAGGUUGGAGAUCGAGGAGGCCGAGCAGCUGGCUAUGUACCAGACCUCCUUGGAGAAUGUGCUGGAGCAAUACAAGAGGACUUUCGAAAAUGAAGACAGCAGAUUGAAUUCGGCUAUAAUUGGAACUCCCAUUAGUCUGUUCGCUACCAAUUACAGAUACACUCACAGUCCCACCGUGACCACCAGGCAAGGAAAAGAUAUCACCCAAACCAUCCAGGACAUUGCAAACAUCAAGCCUCUCCAGAAGAAUCUGACCAAGAAAUUGAGCAAAAAGAAGGAGCUCAACUCCAAAGAAAUGACAGACAGUGGACAGGAGGAGCAUAGAGCAGGCGAGUGCAUCCAGGAGGUUAGAAGAGGAGUAGAAGAGGCAGAAGGGGAGGUGAAGCGGGAGGAGUGUGCUCCUCUUUGGAAGGGUAUGGAUGGCGAGGAUGUGCCUGACGGUGCUCAGAUUAGCAAGGCCUUGGACACACUGUGCAACAUCAUCUGUGACUGCAUCCUGGUGCCCAUAGAGCCCAUUGCAGAUUUCUAUACCCAGGGCCGCUUCAUCCUGGUGACGGGUGAAUCUAAUUACCAGGACCCUUGCUUCUUGAUGUCCACACCCUCCGCUGGCCGUGUCAUGGUCACCAUAUGCCAUGACAUGUUUCCCCCAUAUAAGCCUCAUGACCAUCAACCUCCCUCCACUGCUCCCAGCCCCUCACAGGACCCCUGUCCAGCUCCAGAGCCCAGCCAGCCUUCUGACGACAAACACAGUGAAAAGAGCACAGAGGAUGGUGAGCUGCAAUGGGAGCUUCUACCCAUACCCUUGCCAGACUCCAUCCACCCAAACUCCAUGAGCUAAAAGAAGAUGGAGGUCAUAGAGGUGAUGGAGAAGCUUUCACUGGACAAUAAAGUGAAAGGCUAUGUGGAAACAGCUGUGGUGAUCAAGACCAUGAUUGUGAAGACUAGAAAAAAAGCAUGGAAACCAGGACACAUAGGAUUCUCCUGGUCAAUGCCCAAAAAACAAUAAACCAAGAAAAACAAACAAAUAACCCCUACACAUUCAACAUCCCAUGCCUACCUUUUCAU